AUAGUACUUCGUAAUUACAACGUAAUGAGUGAAGAAAACAGUUGAGACACAUUUAAAUUUGACAGGGACCAAGUUAGUAAUUAGAUUCUUAACAUUUUCUUUAUAUCAUUCCUUAGGAUGAUCCGACAGCUAGAAGAAAACACACAAAACAGGCUCGCCCAGAAAGAUCAGACCAUUUGGCAGCUUAAGGCUCGUGUGACUCUUCUUAAAUCAGAUAAGGAAUGGGAGAAAACAGAGGCAGAGUCAAAGAUCAGCGAGCUGGAGAAACGUCUGUCGGAGCAGGCAGCAAACACACGACACAGGAUCUCCCUGAAAGACGAGGAAAUCCUGGCGCUAAAGGCUCGUGUCUUGGAAUUUGAAAAGAAAGGAUUUGACGAGAUUAAAACACCUGUGCGCAGUCAAACCCUACAAGGGAAAAAUGUCCUGAUUGACCCAACAUCAAUUAUGCAGGACAUACAGAAGAUCAGAGAAGAGAAUGAAAAGAGGACUGCCCGUCAGCAGGAAGUGAUCAGAAAAAUGCGUCAGCAGGUAAGAAUCAGAAAACUGUUAGACUGCAUUUCCUUCUGUUUCAUAUUUCUAUCACAUCUAACCAAUUGUCAUACAGCAUGGUUACCGUAAUAAAAUGAUUUAGUAUAACGGUAGGGUAUUUGCCUUAAGCUCCAGUUUGUUCCCUUGUAUGCUCCAACGUUGUGCCCUUGAGAAAGGUGUAAUGUUCCUCACUUAGCUCAUAUAAAGAGGAGUGUACUUUGUCUAGUAAUACUAUGUAACGUUAGUUCACCUUAAUCCAUGCGGUAACCUAGAUUCAUUGUUUUAAAAAACAUUGGGUAUUUAUAGAGUUCAAUGACAUGUGUUUCAAAUGUCAACAUUUUCAAACUAUUUCAAUGUGAAACUACCUUCCGUCGACUUAAUGAUCCCCAAAUACCCCCAUUUGCAUAUAGAACGGAUAUAGGUUACCCUACGGAUAAACGCGAACUAACGUUAGCUCUAACGUUAGAGUUAUUCCUUGGAUGAAAUUCAUAAAAUGUUCAAUGGCAGUCCCAUGUUUGAGCAAAAAAGUCACAACGUUACAGGCUAAUAUAGACAGGAACAUCAUAAUAGAAUGAAGAGCCACACCUUAAGCAUGUUUGAGAACCCAAAUUAUCUAAGAGAGUAGGGAGUUCUGUUUCUCUUGUGAGUGGUUCGCAUCCUUACAGUUCAAUAGUCGCAACUUAAGAUCGUCGUAAAUGGUAGAGCGUUCGGCUCGGAAUA